UCCCAGCCAAUUGGCACCUCUUCUAAAAUAAAAUAAAAACACUACCUGGCACCUCCCACCGCCCCCACUCCCUUCCCCGCUCCGCCUGGACGAAUCCCGGCGCCGCCGCCUGCGGCGCGCCCCUGCUCCGCGCCGCUCCAUCCAUCUUCUACCCCCCGGCGCGCCCCCACUCCCCACCUCCGGUCCCUGAUCCACGCCGCACCUCCGCGCCUUGUUCUCCUCCUGCUCACCGAGCCCAGGAACUUCACUUUAUUCCCCACCUCCUCCUUGCACAAUUACUUGUUUUUCUUAUCAUGAUUUUUGUUCUGUGUCAUCUUUGCUUCGGUUGCUUACGUUUAAUUGCAGAACUUCGACAUGGAGAUCUGUUUCACUGCAAACACUGUAUCCAACUGAAUGUUGUGAAACAUAUUCAGCAUUGUUAUGUAGUUUUACUCAAGUGUCAAUUAUUUUCUGUGCAUAGUUUAUUUGCGGCAAGUAGUGUUGUUGCAGAACUCCGAAGGUGGCAUAGGGGUGGAGUGAGUGGUUAUGGGUGUGGAAGGUUUAUUGGGUCCUGUCGAUCAACUUUAGGAGUGUUUAGCUAGCAAACAAUUCAUCUUCCAAAUUUAUUGCUGUCAUUAAAUUAUAUAGCAAGGGGCAAAUCUACUAAAAAAUCUGUUGCUGACAGCAUUUGGGGAUGCCCAAGGGACAAAUCUCCAGAAGCGGGGUAUCGAAGCUCAUGCAACCUGACCACUGAAGAAACAUUGUCAAUUCGUUCGUUCACUUUUCAGGCCGAGGGCGUCGUUGGGAGGAGCUCCAUGGAGUAUGACUGGUGGCAGCAUCUCAGAAGAAGGGUGCGGACCAGACAACACUCUGGGCCGGAGGCGGCGGCUUUUCUCCGGUCCGGGACAAAGCUAUUGUAGGAGGAACUUGCCUAUCAAAGGUUUGAAGGAUGAUCUUGUCAUGAUGUGAAAUGGCUCUUUGAGCACCUUCGGGGUGAUAUACUUGGUGGAGAAAAGUGAUACCUCAAAGAGGACGAAACCCCUGGUUCUGCUGAUGGAACAAAAUGUUGAUAGGUCCUUCAGGUUGCAAUUCAGGAGGGAGAUCCUGUUAUUUCUAUUACCAGUAAGGAAUGUGCAGAUGCUACUGGACUCGUUAGUCAGGAUUCUGUACUUGAUUCUAAAGAAGUUAGCCAGACAAUUCUUACUGCUGCUACAGAAGUUAGGGAUGUUCCUCGAGUUAAUGUGGCAACAGCUGAUAAAAUUUCUCCAAGUGACAGUAAUGUAGUGAAGGGCCACCUGAAUCCUGGCAACGCUGGCAAUAUAUCAACUACCGUAAAGGGUGACCCUGACAGAGGUUAAGAGGGAUAUGGUCAAACUACCAUGCAACAUUCCCUCCAUAGGUGAUGGUUUGCAGGCAUUACAUGAUGAUAAAGAGUUGCCUAAGAACGGGACCCCAUUGCAAGAAAUAGAUUCUAAAACCAAUAUGAACUUGGACAAGAAAGAGGACAGUCCUGACAGCGCUUCUCCUGAUGUGAAAAACUAAAUUUAGACAGGAGCUCGGGUAACGAGUCGAGAGAGGAUGUGAUGGAAAGUAAGCAAGUUGAUCCCAAUGUCAGAUCUGAUGAUCUUGGAGGGAAGACUGCAGUUACCUCAGACCAUGAGGAGGUAAAAGAGGUGUCCUCGUUGAUACUGUUGCCAAGGAUUCCUCUGUGCAAACAAAGGACAUUGUUUCUUAAGAGAAGCCAGUAACUCUUAUAUUAAAAAAGGAAACCUGAAGACCAAGAAGUUGUUGCAGAUGGAAUGCCAGCGUGGUGUGGAUACUCUCAAAAUUCCUAAGCAACAAACAUCCAAACUAAGUAGCUCUGAUCCUCUAAAACAUUCUGUUUGGCAGGUCUGAUUCAACAGCAAGCGGAGAUUCUCACAAAGUGCGGAUAGGAUGUUUUGGAUAUUUCAAUAUGGGCUAUGUAAGGAGUGGAAUGAGUGAACAAACACACCAAAAUGUGUCUGGCCACUUCCUCAGAAGCCUGCAGCGGAAGUGGCGGAACCGGAGGCCUUUGUGUUCGGCCAUAGCCCAUAGGGAAGACGUCUGAUACCAAGAGAAUACAUCUGUCCUUAAUUCACAGUAUUUCGCAGCAACACAAUGAUCACAGUUAACAGUUUGUACAGUAAAUCUGUAGUUCCGGGACGCACCGCCUACAGAGUCCAGAACAGAGGAACUAUAAAGGGCAGCGAGACCGAUUCGGCAGUUUGCCUAGCCGUAGGUUCCCGCCUUCCCAACUGCCGUUUUCCAACCGCCAGUACCAAUCUUGCCUACCUAGCUUCGUAUGGAGCCUGCCGGGCUCGCCGCCGGCGAUCUUGGCGAGCCGGUCGGGCGUGACGGCGACGGGGGGCCCCAGGGCGAAGCGAUUGUCGAGGGUGGUGCUGUCAGGCGCGGCACGGGCGUGCGCGCCAGCGGCGCCGGCGAGAUGACCAACCGGAACGCGCCUGGUCAUGACGCCAAGACCUCCGAUACGGAGGAGAUGUCGUGCGUCAUCAACGCCGGCAAGACGAGCAAGGCGGAGGCGCCCCGCCAUGACGCCAAGGCCGGCGAUACGGAGGACAUGUCGGGCGCCAUCAACGCCCGCAAGACGAGCAAGGCGGAGGCGCCCCGCCAUGACGCCAAGGCCGGCGAUACGAAGGAGAUGUCGGGCGCCAUCAACGCUCGCAAGACGAGCAAGGCGGAGGCGCCCCGCCAUGACGCGGAGAAGGAGCUGCCGCGCGCCAGCGAAGCAGGCAAGACGAGCAAUGCUGUCGCGCCCGGCCACUACAUCAAGGCCCUCGAUACGGAGAAGGUGCUGCCGCGCGGCAGCGACGCAGGCGGGACGAGCAAAGCGAUCGCGCUCGGCCAGGACUUCAAGGUUGCCACUGCGGAGGAGAUGCCGCGCGCGGCUACGGAUGUUUGCUCUGUUUGGAGGGAGAAUUGGGAGGAGAGCUUGCAGAGUAUGAGCGGCUUCUUGGAUCUCCCAGGUACCAUGACCAUUGCUAUAGACACAGAGUAUGCAACCAAGUGCCUGCUUAGAUUGGAACAGCCACAGAACGGUGACGAGUGGUACAGCCAGCUGCAGGCUACUGCAGGGACUGCGGAUUUGGUACAGGUCGGGGUCGCGGUGACGUUCGCCGACGCCGACGCAGAGAACAUAGAACCGAUCAGGGUAUGGGAAUUCAAUCUCUUCUUUGACUCCAAAUCAAACCAGUAUAAUCCGAGCACUCUGCUGUUUUUGGAGAAGAAGUGCCGGCAUGACCUUGAAAAGCACAGGCAGUAUGGUAUUAUGCCAACUGACUUCUUCCAGUGGGUCUAUGAGCUCCACAGCAUAUUUGCAAGACGAUCUGUGACUGUUGUCACGUACCAGGGAGAUGCGGACAUCGCACUUCUAAUCUACCAAGGUGCUCCAAUGCCUGCAAGGCGGCUCGACUUUCUUCUGGAUAUCAGCAACACUUUUCCUGCAUUGGUCGACACGAGAGUUCUUGCCAUGGUUUGGGCACCAGAUUUCUGCGGGAAGUUAGAUGACCUUGCUGACAUGUUGGGCCUCUCUAGAAGUGGAACAAGACAUCAUGCAGGGUCAGAUGCGGCGCUGACCCUCAGGUGCUACUUUGCAAUGCGAAGGUUGCUGGGAGAUCAGAAGGUGCUCAGGGGAGUACUUUGCGGCUUGUUUCAAAGCGAACCAUCAGUGUGCACUGCGAGAAUAGCCUGGGAUCCUUCAAUCAGCAUUUUGCAUGUCUGGGGUAAAAACUUUGAUGAGGUUGCCGGCCAAUUUGGAAGGUUGAUUGAGAACAAUUUCACUGUCGUUACUGUCAAAGUCCUCUUUGACCCGCCUCUUCGAAAGGGUCCGUUCAAUCGUGAUCCUCAGUUCUGCUAUUCAAACAUGCAACUAAGGCUCGAUGAAAAGAUAAGAUGCACUAUUGCUAUGGUCUUCGCCACUGGCCAUGGGCAAGUGGCGAAUUCGGCAUCCUUUGUGUUUCAUAUCUGCUUUUCCGGCGGGGAGUAUAUUGAGCCAGUACAGUUCGCUAGGAUGUUGGAUGAGCAAGGAGUGCUAUGCAACCCAUACCUGACUUGGGUUACCUUCCUAGGGGCAGAAUCCGUCGCUUUCAUAUAUGACAUGGUUUAUCAUAGUUUCCAAUUCUGGAUUCCCACCAUGUUCAGUCACUACAAGGUGAGCAGAACGGGCAUGUUUCCGGUUCCAGAGGCAGCUCACUGAGUCUGCGCCAAAUUGCAACAAGUUUGAUGAUUGAGCAACCAGAGGAAGCUGGCAUCGGUUGGGAAGCAAUUUUAACCUUGAAAAGCUUCCUUCGUCUGGUCAUGGACGGGCGUAUGUCCUCGACGUUUGCCGGGAAUUUGCUUGCAGGCUGCUGUAGCCGCUCCAUGUGCUUGAGGUAGCGCAACCGCUUUGCCCUGAUGAUCUUAACUGCUACAGAUUUAAGAAGCUCGAGCCAUGUAGGUGUACAGUUGAUCAAAUGUCCUGCUUGUUGCGACACAAAUGUACAAGUAUUGCUCUCAUACUGUUGAAUCAAACAAGUAUACACUUCAUUUUUUGAAUACUUCUUAGUUGCUUGUCACAUUUUUUUUCAGUACACAUCACAUAGCGUAUAGGUUUAACAUACGGUUUUGCUAAUUUUCAUCCGACUGAAAACAAUUCGUUUCAGUCGGAUUUUGUGUCCGUCUGAUCAUUGUGCAGCGAUUUGUGCGUGCUCCUUUGGUUAUUUGUUUAUAGCGCGCGCUGUUUUGUUUGUAGUCUGCCCGUUAACCCAUGUCGGUGCCCGUUCCCCCCUUUCAUCAGUGAUUGUUCAAGCAGAAGUAGGGGAGAGAGAGACAGUAGUGAUUUCCAUUCAGAGUUCUCCUUCUCUCGUUGCUUGAGCAUUCGGUUGCUGCUAUGGGCCCACUGGUGGUUAGAGGAGCUCUUCCAAGUGGUUUGCAUCUGUUGUUCUCCCCCCUCCAUUUCUUAGUCUUUUUUCUAGAUCUCGACGGAUGUGAUUUGUGGAUUUUGUGAGCUCUCACCUGUCCUAUCCUAGGUUGUUCAUGUUUAAGCCUUGUUUUGUGAAUCUGCUGGAAGGAUCCCUUGCUUGAAGAUAUCUGUGCUCUGCUCGCUGGUGAUUGGAAUUUUCUCUUCCAGCGAUCUGAUGUUGUUCUUCUUCUUCAUCCAUUACUUUAUUUUCUAGAUCUGUGAGCUAUCAGCUAUGGCCCUCCAAUUCUGUGAGCACGCUGGUGGAUGUGCUUUGUUGAAUCUGUGAGCUAUGGUCCUCCAAUUCUACGUUGUUGUUGCGUUUUUCUGUACCCAUCCUUGUGUUUUGCAUCAGACUUUGUGCUUGAGCAUGUGUAAUGUUGGGGCAAUUAUAGUGAAUUGUCUGCAAUAUAUCGUCGUUGUUAAGGUUAUUAUUUCUUAUAUCUUGCUCCAUGUCUUGAAAUUUUUAGUGGUUACUGCUCUGCAAUUUGUUUCAGUUAUUCUGCUGUAAAUUUGGUGAGCUGUCUCUGUAAGUUAUGUUUAGGUCAAUAUCCAUACCAUUUUAAAGUUAUUUUGUUGUACCUGAUGAAGGAAUUUCAGUCUGAGAGUAUCUCUUUAAUCCUUGAUAAAUUAGGUGGUUACUUAGUGUUACUUUGUUUUGUGUGUAGUGGUUAUUGCUUGCAUUACCUGUGCAUGUUCUAAUUGGUUGUUUAAUAACUACUUUUCUUACAUUAAGCAUAAUUACACUAUCACAUUAUUAUAUUUUUCCAGCAAGGCUACUGUAAUUUUCAAGAUUCCACCAAGGUUUAACUGUUCUUUGUUACAAUUCCCAAUGCUCCUUGAAGGUUUAACUUUCUUUUUGUUACAGUGCAUUUUCUGUAUCAUUUACAGUGUAAAAUAUAUGUAGUUCCUAAGCAAGGCCACAGUAAUUUUUGAACCAUAGUUCUUCCAGACUGUUUUCCCCCUGAAUUUUGUUUGCUGCUCCCAGUUGAUCUAAACAACUAUUUGUAUUUUGCAGUCAUUUUGUGUAUUAUUUACAGUGUCAAAAAAAUGUAAUUCUCCCGCAAAGCUGUAGUAACUUUGAACCAUAGCCUUUAGUUCAGUUGUUUUUUCCCUAGUGUUUUACAUGAGUCUGUUGCUGCUUCCAGUUGGAACUAAACUACUGUUUUAUUACAGUGCAUCUUCUGUAUUAUUUUUAGUGUAACAAGAAAUGCAAUUCUCAUGCAAAGUUAUAGUAACUUUGAAAUAGUCUCCAAGUUGUUUGCAGAUUGCAGUUCGAUACUACACCAUUGUUGUUUGUUUACAGUGCCUCUUCUGUAUUAUUUACAGCUCAACAAGAAAUGUAAUUCUGUUGCCAAGUUAUAGUAAUUUUGAAACAUAGCCUCUAAGCUGUUUGCUGCUCCAAGUUAUAGUGUUUUUCUGUAUUAUUCAGUGUAAGAAAUGUAAUUCUCCUGCAAAGUUAUGUAA